AGAGCUUUCUGGUCAGUCCUAGCAAGAAUGUCAGGAUGGAAUGUGACCUUCAACAUCUCUUAUACCACCUUCUUCUUAUUGGGCUUCCCAGGACUCAGGGAAUCACGGUCCCUUCUGAUCCUGCCAUUUUCCUGCCUCUACAUGGUGAUCCUCUCAGCCAAUGGCCUAAUCAUCUAUAUUGUGACCACCCAGAGGAGCCUGCACCAACCCAUGUAUAUACUCAUUAGUCUACUCCUGGCUGUUAACAUCUGCACGGCCACUACUGUGGUUCCUGUCAUGCUCUUCAGUUUCUCCACCCACCUCAAUCGCAUCUCUUUGACUUGUUGCCUCGUCCAGAUGUUCUUCAUCUACUGUCUACUUGCUUUUGAUUGCAACAUCCUUCUGCUCAUGGCUCUGGACCGUUACACUGCCAUCUGUUACCCAUUGCGCUAUACAGAAAUCAUGACAGGCCAGGUGCUAAUGGGGCUGGUGGGGGUAGCAGCUAUCUGGAGUGUAGGUAUUGUGGCCCCUGUUGUGGUUCUGGCCUCAAGAGUCCACUUCUGCCGCUCCAAUGUGAUCCAUCACUUCACCUGUGAGCACAUGGCCUUGAUGAAGCUGUCCUGUGGAGACAUCUCACUAAAUAAGACUGUAGGACUUGCCCUUCGUGUCUUCAAUAGGAUCCUGGACCUGCUUCUUCUGGGAGCCUCCUACACCCGCAUCAUCCAUGCUGCCUUCAGGAUCUCCUCAGGGGGUGCUCGCUCAAAGGCUCUUCACACAUGUGGAUCUCAUCUACUUGUCAUCUUCACUGUGUAUGGCUCUACUUUGUCUUCUUCAAUUGUGUAUCGUGUGGCUCGAACUGCAUCUCAGGAUGUACACAACUUAAUCAGUGCCUUCUAUUUGCUGAUCCCCUGCCUUGUCAACCCUGUCAUCUAUGGGGCAAGAACCAAAGAGAUCAGGCAACACAUGGAAAAGAGCCUUUGCAAAGGCGUGGAGACAGGAGGUGAAGUGUCACAAAUGAGGAACAGAGACCAGUUUGGCUAUGUUCUGGAAUGUGGGAGGAGAAGUAACAUUCAGUGA